AUGUGGGCCGACGGCGAUGGCCGCCUGGAGAGGUUCUGCAGCCCGGGCAAGGGCCGGGGGCUGCGGGCCCUGCAGCCCUUCCAGGUGGGGGACUUGCUCUUCUCCUGCCCGGCCUACGCCUACGUGCUCACGGUCAACGAACGGGGCAACCACUGCGAGCACUGCUUCGCCAGGAAAGAAGGAUUGUCCAAGUGUGGAAGAUGCAAGCAGGCAUUUUACUGCAAUGUGGAGUGUCAGAAAGAAGAUUGGCCCAUGCACAAGUUGGAAUGUUCUCCCAUGGUUGUUUUUGGGGAAAACUGGAAUCCCUCCGAGGCUGUUAGGCUAACAGCAAGGAUUCUGGCCAAACAGAAAAUCCAGCCCGAGAGGACGCCGUCCGAGAAGAUGCUAGCCGUGAAGGAGUUCGAGUCCCAUCUGGAUAAGCUGGACAAUGAGAAGAGGGACUUGAUCCAGAGCGACAUUGCCGCUCUCCACCACUUUUACUCCAAGCACCUGGAGUUUCCGGCCACAGAGAGCCUCGUGGUGCUUUUUGCACAGGUUAACUGCAAUGGCUUCACAAUUGAAGAUGAUGAACUUUCUCAUUUGGGAUCAGCAAUAUUUCCCGACGUGGCAUUGAUGAACCAUAGCUGUUGCCCCAACGUGAUUGUGACCUACAAGGGGACCCUGGCAGAGGUGAGAGCUGUGCAGGAAAUCAGGCCAGGAGAGGAGGUGUUCACCAGCUACAUUGACCUCCUGUAUCCAACAGAAGACAGGAACGACCGGUUAAGAGACUCCUACUUCUUCACCUGUGAGUGCCUGGAGUGCACCACCAAAGACAAGGAUGAGGCCAAGGUGGAAAUCCGGAAGCUGACCGACCCCCCGAAGGCGGAAGCCAUCCGAGACAUGGUCAAGUAUGCCCGCAACGUCAUUGAGGAGUUCCGCAGGGCCAAGCACUACAAAUCCCCUAGUGAGCUGCUGGAGAUCUGCGAGCUCAGCCAGGAGAAGAUGAGCUCCAUGUUUGAAGACAGUAAUGUGUACAUGCUGCACAUGAUGUAUCAGGCCAUGGGCGUCUGCCUGUACAUGCAGGACUGGGAAGGAGCCUUGCGAUAUGGACAGAAAAUCAUUAAGCCCUACAGUAAGCACUAUCCUGUGUACUCCCUCAACGUGGCCUCCAUGUGGCUGAAGCUCGGCAGACUGUACCUGGGCCUGGAGCACAAGGCCGCUGGAGAGAAAGCCCUGAGGAAGGCCAUGGCCAUCAUGGAGGUAGCUCACGGCAAAGAUCACCCGUACAUCUCUGAGAUCAAACAGGAAAUCGAAAGUCACUGAAGCUGUGCACGUCUCGGUGUCUGUUUAAAUCCCCGGACAGACGCCGGAAAACCAGUAUUUCAGAUCUUGCACAUCACCCCAGAAUGGAAAUGCUACGUGCGCCUUCGCCUUUCUCGUUGCUUUCUGGGAGGUUGGUCUUAACCUUUAACUUAAGAAACAAGUUCCUUUUUGGAUGCUGCCUCGCCCCCGGAUAUAUGGCAUGAUCUCAUGUACAAUAUUUUGCACAGGCCGCAUUGACCUUAAAGUGCAAUCCUUUUCCCCUUCAUGCCUGUUGUCUGGGUAGAUGUCAGUUUUUAAAUGCUAAAACCUGUCCCCCUCCAUGCUUGUUGGUAUGUGUCUCAACAAACCUGAAUGGUGCAGGGAAUAAAACAAACACAACUCA